AUGGCUCCCUCCUGUGGUGGGGGUGGAACUCCAGACGGAGAUACAGAUAUGACACUUUGUCUGAAACUCAGGUCAGAUAUAAGUGCGCGUCAGCACUUUAAACUGAAUGGUUUCUAUAGUUUAGGAGAAUGGAGGCCUUUUUUAUUCAUCCCUUUCUUUCUGAUGUUUGUAUUGUCUACAUCAGCAAAUUCUAUUCUCAUAUAUUUAAUCAUAUCUAAAAAGUCUCUGCAUUCACCUAUGUAUGUACUUAUAGGUUUUAUGUGUCUUUCAAACUUAAUAAUGCCCAUAUCGUUUGUACCCAGCAUGCUUCUAAGUUUUUUAUUUAAUUGGAGUGGGAUAUCCUUAACUGGUUGUGUGAUACAAAUGUUUUGUAUUUAUUUUACUGGUUCAUUUAAUACUACUUUGAUAUUUUGGAUGUCUGUAGACCGUUACUUUGCAAUAUGCAAACCUCUUUAUUAUCAUAAGUACAUGGAAAUAAGCAAUUUUAUUAAGUUUGUUAUUCCACCAGUAAUGAGAAAUGCACUACUGGUGAUUAUAAUGGUCUCUCUGGCUGGAAAACUGUCAUAUUGUACAAAUAUAAUCGAUCACUCUUUCUGUGAACACAUGCCAUUGGUUCAGCUGGCAUGUGGUGAUAUAUCCCUUAAUAAUUUUGUAGGUCUUUUGACUGCUUUUGCUAUACCAGUUACAGAUUUUAGUCUUAUUACUGUUUCUUAUGUUAUGAUUUUUGCAUCUGUGUUUAAAUCUGGUAAGGCCCAUUCAAAGGCCAUUAACACCUGCAUAACUCACUUCUUUGUUAUGACAGUUAGUUUGAUAUGUGCUUUGAUUGCAUUUUUGAUAUACAGAAUAAGGAAUAACAUUUCUUCCAGCAGCCGUAUAUUCGUUGGCAUCUUGUACUUACUUGGUCCAAGCUGUUUUAACCCACUAAUAUAUGGAUGGAGAACAAAUGAAAUAAGACAAACAUUUCUUAAACUUAUAAAUAUAAAAGUUUUGCCUUUUUUCGAGAAAUAA